AGACAUCUGACUCUAUUUGGAGUUGUGUCGAUUGCAGAUGAAGAAAGUUUUUUUCUUGUUCUUGUCUACUUGUACUUACUUACACCAGAGCUCUUUGGCAGACUCCGUCCUCGCAGAGAGCCCGCACCAGGAUGGGUGCUCUCCCGGUGCAAAGGAUAUUAUGGAUAUGUGGUUUGAUCUUUACUGGAAUAACAGGAGUUUGCGGUUUAAACGUCUGCACCUCCAGAGGGGCCAGCACAUGCAAGCAAUGUCUGGCUGUGCACCCCAGCUGUGCGUGGUGCUUCCAGGAGGAUUUCGGCCAGGGGGUUGCCAGUUCUUCCCGCUGCGAUCUGCCAAGUGAGCUGGUGGCAGCGGGCUGUGCACUGUCAGCUCUGGCGUCUCCAACCAGCAAAAUGCAUGUGAUCGAGGACCGGCCCCUCAGCAACAAGGCAACAGGGGCCACGCAAAACGUCACCCAGAUAAAACCCCAGAAACUACACAUCACCCUCAGGCCAGAUGAUGCUAAGCGCUUUACAGUGAAGGUGCGUCAGGUAGAGGACUACCCCGUGGAUCUCUACUACCUCAUGGAUCUCUCCUACUCCAUGAAUGAUGAUCUCUUCCGCCUGAGGACAUUGGGAAAAGGCCUGGCCGAGGCCAUGAACCGCACCACCAGCAACCUCCGCAUGGGCUUUGGGGCUUUUGUGGACAAGCCGCUCUCACCUUACAUGUACAUCUCCCCCAAAGAGGCUGUAAAGAACCCCUGCUACAGCAUUAACACCACCUGCCUGCCCCAGUUUGGCUACAAACACGUUCUGUCUCUGACGGAGGAGGUGAGCCGCUUCACAGAGGAAGUGAAGAAGCAGAUGGUGUCCAGGAACCGAGAUGCCCCGGAAGGAGGCUUUGAUGCCAUCAUCCAGGCUGCUGUGUGCAAGGAUCAGAUCGGUUGGCGCCCCGGUGCAUCCCACCUUCUGAUCUUCACCUCAGAUGCUAAGACUCACGUGGCUCUGGAUGGUCGUCUGGCUGGAAUCGUGCAACCCAACGAUGGGCAGUGCCACCUCAACUCUGACAAUAUGUACAGCAUGUCUACCACCAUGGAUUACCCAUCUCUAGCUCUGAUCACAGAGAAGAUGUCGGAGAACAACAUCAAUCUCAUCUUUGCUGUCACCAACCUUGUGGUUCCUCUGUACCAGAACUACAGUGAGUUGAUUCCUGGCACCACAGUAGGAACACUGUCCAACGACUCGGGCAAUGUUGUUCAGCUCAUUCUGAAGGCCUACGCUAAAAUCCGUUCCAAGGUGGAGCUGGAGCUUCAAGGUGUCCCGGAGGAGUUGUCCCUGUCCUUCAAUGCCACCUGUCUGAAUGGAGAGCUCAUCCCUGGCCUCAAAUCCUGCUCUGGGCUCAAGAUAGGAGACACGGUCUCUUUCAGUGUGGAGGCCAGAGCUCGCGGUUGUCCCAAACAGAAGAACAAAACCUUCAUCAUUAAACCUGUGGGCUUCAAGGACUCCCUCUCCAUCACUGUCACCUUUGAGUGCGACUGCAAGUGCCAGACCAAAGCCCAGCCCAAUAGCCCCAAAUGUAACCACGGCAACGGCACCUACGAGUGUGGCAUCUGCCUGUGCCACCCAGGUCGCUUAGGGCCACACUGCGAGUGUGCAGAGGGUGACUAUAACCCCACAGAGCAGGACCGCUGCAGUAGACACACUGGCUCUGGAGGACCUCAGUCUGCCAUCUGCAGCGGCCGUGGAGACUGCGUGUGCGGCCAGUGUGUGUGCCACAGCAGUGACUUUGGAAAAGUCUGGGGAAAGCUGUGUGAGUGUGAUGACUUCAACUGCCUGCGCUACAAGGGGGAACUGUGCUCAGGUCAUGGCGUCUGUAACUGUGGCUUCUGCCAGUGUGCACCCGACUGGCAGGGUGAGAACUGUAACUGCUCCAGACGUACUGACACCUGUAUGUCCAACCUGGGUCUGCUGUGCAGUGGGAGGGGCCAGUGUGUGUGUGGGACCUGUGAGUGCACCCAGCCCGGGGCCUACGGAGUCACAUGUGAUAAGUGUCCCACCUGCCCUGACGCCUGCACCAUGAAGAAGGAGUGUGUGGAGUGUAAGCACUUCAAGAGGGGAAAGCUGUUUGAUGACAACACCUGCUCUCGAAUCUGCAAGGAUGAGAUUGUGCUUGUGGAUGAAUUAGUGCUCCAUGAUACAAAUGCUGUGAACUGCACUUACAAAGAUGAGAAUGAUUGCGUGGAGCGUUUCCAGUACUAUGAGGACGCCAGUGGCAAAUCGAUCUUGUUUGUUGUCAAAGAGCCAGACUGCCCCAAGGGUCCUGACAUUUUGGUGGUGCUUCUGUCGGUGGCAGGAGCCAUCUUGUUUCUUGGCUUGGCAGCUCUGCUUAUCUGGAAACUGCUGGUCACCAUCCACGACAGACGGGAGUUCGCCAAAUUUGAGGAAGAACGCGCUCGUGCAAAGUGGGACACGGGGCACAAUCCUCUCUACAAAGGAGCCACAUCUACCUUCACAAACAUCACAUACAGAGGAAAAGACUGAUGCUACUGAACAAGGAUGAAGAAUAAAGGAUGAAAUAAUGGACUUUUACUGUCCGUUGUGGGAAGGCACCGAAUCAUGUGCAGGCCUCUACUGUCACAAGACAAUAAUUAAUAAUUAUUUGUGUUUGUAAAUAUGUAGAAAUGAUUCUGAGGACACAUUUGAUCAGGGAUUUGUCAUAAACACCUACUUAUACUAUGCUGAUAAAUAAGAUAUUGUUUUAAUUUUGUGUGAUGGACAAAGAACUGUUGAGUAGGUUUACCCAAAUCAUGAAAAAACAUAUUUACAUACUUACCCCUACCCUAAAUUAUUUACUGUAAAGUCUCUUUUCAGUCGCCAAUAUUCUGGAUAACCCACAGACCUUGCUGUGGAUGGUUUUCAUUAUUUUUUACCUUUGGUGGAAAAUAGUAUCGAAAGAAAAUGAUUUGCAGCAAGAUGUGUAGAUUAUUCUGGAUAUCUGUUUCAGAGGCAGAUUAAAUAAAAAAACAAACUAUCCACAUGAGUGGAUACCACUGAGGCUAAGUAGGAAAAAACAUUUAAAAAAGUGAUGUGAGUGAACUAAUUCUUAAAGUCAGUGGAAGAACAAAAGGGCAGAUAGUGUUAAGCAAAACAAACUUGAUUUCCUGAUCACAAUGUUGGGAUUUCCUGUUUGUGGUACUCAAUGGGACUAUGGCAAGAUAAACUGUCUUUAAUCCAGUCAAGUGACCUGCUAGAGAUAUGAUGUGGUUUGGAGUAAACUGUUAAUUUUCUUGAAAACCGGUGCAGUUUCUUGUGUGGACUCUGAGAGAUAAGUGUAAAGAUAGUCAAUCUCAAGAAAUCUGAUUUCAAAUGAAUGACACUUUAGGGAGCAUUAUUAGUUUUUUAUAUAUUAAGCAACUUAUGUUUUUAAAGGUACAAUAGUGACUAAUUUCCACUGUGUUUUUAUUUUAAAUGUUGAAAACUUGUUUGUGGGUGAGUUGUUGUUAAACAGUCGGCCUGCUCAGGAUUCACGUCACUCAACAUAACUGAAGCAUGAGCAGACAUUUUUGGAUUUAAUGGCAACAAGACUUUUCAAAUGAAUGACCAAAUUUAAUCAUUCCAAAUUACACAUUACAUUACAGGAAUUUACUAGACACAGAUUAUGAACACUUGUUUAAAAUGAUUACAGUUAGAUAUGUGGCUUAUAAAUGAUUGUACUGCUUCCCCACGACUCCCACUCAAGUGUGCAGGGCUUUUUGUCUGCAAUACUCUGCUUCCAUCUCCUGGACUUGAACUGCAAGUAUAGCUCACUGGUCCUUGUGUGGUCGUCUGCAAAUGACACUAUCCAAUGUACAGGAUGAACUAUUUCAGAUGAAUUACACCUUGUACACGGAGCAGUGUACUUGCAGAUUAAGUCCAUGGGAUCCAAGCAGUUCAGACAAAAAGCCCUGCACACUUACGAAGUUAUGAAGUUAUCUAUGCUGCGUGCGUAAACUGGCACAGCGCCUCUUUCAGUUUGGAGACACACUUUACUCUACAAAUAAAUAGUUGUGGGCAACAAACAGAACAUUUGCAGAAACACUGAUGUUUCUGCAAAACCAAGAAUUACAUUAAACCCAUAAAACUCUUACCAUCUUCUAUUCACAUUAAAAGUUGCAUUUUAAUGCAAACCUUAAUCUGUAACUUACGUGAAAUUGUAAUGCAAAAACAAAAGAAAGGGGAGAGCCAAAACUCAACAUACUAGAAAGUUGUUUUGUGAUUUUGAAGUGGUCUUUGUGCCUCAAGUUACGUAAAUUGUGGCUUUUGUGCUCUCUAUGUUGUUUAUGGACCAGUAUUGGCGCUGAAAUGUGGUGAAAAGCUUGGCAUUUAGAUGCUGUACUGUGCUCAGAGGAACCUAUAGCUACAUUUUUUUUAAUGCAGGAUGUAUCAUACAUCCCUUUUGAGUUAAAAAAUAUUUGGUGUUUUUCAUUUGACUCAAACAAUAUUUUACUGUGUGCAAACUGUGUGCCACAGGCGGGAUUACCAACUGGGCAAAGCCCUGCGGAUAAAUAAAUAAAUAAAUAUGG